AUGAUUAUUUAUUUGCUCUUGGCGAACACUUCCUUCAUUCUGUUGAGGGCAGAUCCGGCCUUGAACCACUCGAUUUGUUGCUCGUUGAAGGUGUGGUUCAAGGUCACCUCGACCUUUGAUCCAUUCUGCUUCUUGAAGAUGGCGGUCAAUGGUUUUCCUGGGGCGAAGCUGGCAAGUCCGACAAUGGAGACAUCAUCAGAUGGGUCGAUCUUAUCGUAG